AUGGAAAAUUCCUGGGGAAUCCAGAAUCCUUUGUGGGGGUUGAGGCUGAAUCCCACAUUCCUUGGGAAAGGAAAUCCCACAUUCCUUGGGACAGGGGAUCCCACAUUCCUUGGGAAAGGAAAUCCCACAUCCCUUGGGACAGGGAAUCCCAUAUCCCUUGGGACAGGGCUGAGGGCUGCAGAGCCCAGCGCGUGGUUCUGGAGGACAAAUCCUCCUCCCUUUCCUCUUUUUCCUCCUCCUUUUCCUCUUUUUCCUCCUCCUUUUCCCCUCCUCAGGAGCAGAGCCCCCGGCCCCGUGCCCACCUGUACAUCUCUACCUAUUAAUUACAUUAAUUACAUACACUUAUAUACACACACGGACACCCAGCCCCAUCCCUGCUCCCGGGGAGCUCCUUCCCACAAAACCUUUCCGGAUGGAAAUCCCAGAGCCUGCCAGAAAACCUCGGAGCCCGGGAAAAAUCGUGACAAGGGUGGUGAUGGGAGGAAAAGGGAAUUAAAAACUCCAUUCCUGUCCUCGGCUGAUGGGUUCGUUCCCGUGGAAGCCUCGGAGCCGGUGACUGACGGCAGGGAGAGCUCGGAAUUCUGGAGCUGGGGCAAAGGAAUUCCCAGGCAGGGAUUGUUGGGGAAGUGGGGGAGGGAGUUGGAGGCAAACCAGCCCAUCCUGGUGCUCACCCAGCCCGAGCCAUCCCCUUCCCUGCAGCUGGAUCCCCCCAGCACGGCUCAUCCAAAGAUCCAAAAUCAGGGACAUCUUUGGAGCAAAGGGACAGCUCCAUCCUCCACAGGGACCUGGUGCUUUUUACGGAAAGAUCCAAGACCAGAGAGAUUUUUGGAGCAAAAGGACAACUCCCGGCCCUGCAAAAGCCACCCAGGGCUGGGUCCUGCCCUCCCCAUCCAUCCCCUGCCCUUCCCAGAUUCCCCAUUCCAGCCCUGGCUGGGGCUCUCGGCUCUUCCCUUCCCUUUGAUCCUCUCCUCCUGCCUUCUCCUGCUGGAUGUGGCCCAGAAGUUCCUGGAUAUUCUCCAGCUGCAGUUCCAGCAGGGAGAGCCCCAAGGCUGGCACAGCUGGCAGAGCAGCCCACACCACCCUACAACUCCAGAAACUCCUCAAAUUACCCAGCUGGAACAGCCGGGAGUCUCCCUGCGGCUCCAGCGCGUGGCACACGCAGGAACGCGAGGAAAAGAAACGGAAAAGCCGUGGAACAUCCCUGGGGGAGCACAGCUGGAAGGACCAGCACAUCUGGGCACUGCUCCAGCUGCUCCUGGAUGGGAUCACCACGAGGGAUCGGAAUUUGGGCAGAGGGGACAAAGCCAGGCUGGGGGAAGGGAAGGGAAGGUGCGGGAAGGGAAGGGAAGCUGUGACGGAUUUAAGUGCCGGGAUUACAUCCUAACACCAGCUGAGAGGGACGAGGUUAAGCUUGAAUGA